AUGCGCCGAGGGUCGAGAAGGUGGCGAGCUGGUGUAGCGCAGCUCGUCUGCAUCAACCUGGCAUUAAAUUGGCCCCCGAGGCCCGUGGCGACUAAUAAAAGGGAAUUAGACAACGUUGUUCGUCGUCGGGUCACCGGCUCAUGCUCGGCCUCAGCCGGUGCCGUCUGUGACCCC